AUGGCCGACGCCCACAAGAGCGCCGAAUACUCCCCUCUGGUAGCGACAGAUGACCAGAGUGAAUCCCACGAUGAUGUCGAGCUCGCUAAACCAUGCAUAUUUGCGGCCUUCAGGAACCGCCUUCUCAUCGUCAGCAUUGCCUCACUCUUCAUCGUGUCGAACAUCAUGUGCUGCCUCCUAGGCGCAUACUUCGGUCGAUCUACAAGCCCAGCCGUUGACCUUGAUUCGGAGUGCUCCUUCCACACAUCCAAAUACUCUCCGAUUCUGGGCGAGGUCGGUAUCAAGUAUACAGACGUCAGCUUCAACGGCUCCUUCAUGCGACAAAACAUAUACAGGCGCCCCGCAUCACCCGAGGUCGACGCCGCGUGGGAAGCCCUUGGAGCAGACUAUCGACCAGGCAUCGUUUCCAAAGAGCAGGGAGCUGCUGCUGGACUCGGUUCUCGUCACGUCCAGCGAUCCGACAAGUUUGGAGGCGGCUUUUUCGUAAAUGUCGAGGGCUUGCAUCAUCUCCAUUGUCUGGUUUGGUACAACCCAAGGAACGUGACGCCAUUCCCCGACUUCAACACCAGGCACAAAUGUAAAAACUUUGAUGCUAUCAGGGAGUGGGCCAAGGGAAUCCAGCCCCAUGUGUACAUUUCCGCCUUAAUAUCAUCCACCCUCAGCACCCGCAGCUCCGUCUUCACUCCCCAGAGCAACUCCGGACUUGGAUUUGUGUGA